AUGCCUCGGAAGCAGCCUGCUGGCUGCAUCCUCCUCACAUUCCUGUGUCUGUCUGGGCUGGUCGGUGCAGUCACCAGGACAUACUACAUUGGAAUUGUGGAAGAAUACUGGAACUAUGUUCCCCAAGGGAAGGAUGUUAUCACGGGCAAAAGUUUCUCAGAAGACAAACUUGCGACCUUAUUUCUCGAAAGAGGGCCCAACAGGAUAGGCGGUAUUUACAAAAAGGCUGUUUACAGACACUUCACGGAUGGAACCUAUUCCACGGAGAUCCCCAAACCCUCGUGGCUCGGAUUCCUGGGCCCCAUCUUGAGGGCUGAAGUAGGUGAUGUGAUUGUCAUUCAUUUAAAGAACUUUGCUUCCCGACCUUACUCUUUGCACCCGCAUGGCGUUUUCUACAACAAAGAUUCGGAAGGAGCCCUAUAUCCAGAUGGAACGUCUGGAAGGAACAAGAAUGAUGACAUGGUUCCUCCUGGCAAAAAUUACACCUAUGUCUGGCCAGUGAGAGAAGAAUAUGCACCUGCUCCAGCGGAUGCCAACUGCCUGACCUGGGUGUACCAUUCACACAUUGAUGCACCCAAGGACAUCUGCUCUGGGCUAAUAGGCCCCCUACUGGUGUGUAAGGGAGGUAUACUGAAUAGAUAUUCAGGGACAAGGACUGAUGUGGAUCGGGAGUUUGUUAUUAUGUUUACUCUGGUGGAUGAGAACCAAAGCUGGUACCUUGAUGAAAAUAUCAGACAUUUCUGCACUGAUCCCAAUUCAGUUGACAAAAAAGAUGCUGUUUUCCAGAGGAGUAAUAAAAUGCAUGCCCUCAAUGGAUACCUCUUUGGAAACUUCCCUGAGCCUGAAAUGUGUGUGGGUGAAUCUGUGUCCUGGCACCUCUUUGGAAUGGGGAAUGAGAUAGACAUCCAUUCCAUCUAUUUCUACGGUAACACCUUCAUCAGCAGAGGGCACCGGACUGAUGUCAUCAACCUGUUCCCAGCCACUUUCCUCACAACUGAAAUGAUAGUGGCGAAUCCUGGGAAGUGGAUGAUAACCUGCCAAGUCAGCGACCACCUGCAGGCUGGGAUGCUGGGGCAAUACAAUGUUGGUAACUGCAAAAGUGAUGUGUCUCACUCCAAGGUGAAGGGUCAUCAAAGGCGCUACUUUAUAGCAGCUGAGAAGGUUCUUUGGGAUUAUGGUCCUCAAGGCUAUGACAAAUUUAGUGGUCUUCCCCUCAAUGCCUCUGGCAGUGACUCAGAAUUCUUCUUCACACAAGGGAAAAACAGAAUAGGAGGAAAAUAUUGGAAAGCUCAGUAUGUGGAGUAUGUUGAUGCAACCUUUACUCAAAGAAAGAGACUCUCUGGGACAGAGGCCCAUCUUGGAAUUCUUGGCCCAGUCAUCAGGGCAGAGGUGGGUGACACCAUAUUAGUGACAUUUGCCAACAAAGCUGACAAGGUCUACAGCAUUCUGCCCCAUGGUGUGUUCUAUGACAAGGCAUCUGAUGCAGCCCCAAAUGUAGAUGGGUUUCUGAAACCAGGUGCACAUGUUAAACCAGGUGAAACCUUCACAUAUAGGUGGACAGUGCCUGAGAGUGUAAGCCCGACAGCUGAUGAUCCUCCCUGUCUGACCUAUGUGUACUUCUCAGCAGUUGAACCCAUCAAGGACACCAGUGCUGGCCUUGUGGGGCCUCUGCUAGUUUGUAAAAAGGGAGUUCUCAAUGCUGAUGGCACACAGAAAGGGAUAGACAAGGAAUUCCACCUACUGUUCACAGUCUUUGAUGAGAAUCUGAGCAGGUAUAUUGAUGAAAACAUUCGGAGGUUUACCUGGUAUCCAUACAGUGUUGACAAAGAAGACAAGGAGUUCAUGGAAUCCAACAGAAUGCAUGCUGUUAAUGGCUAUAUGUAUGGCAACCAGCCAGGCCUAAGCAUGUGCAAAAAGGAUAGGGUUUCCUGGCAUCUGAUUGGAAUGGGCACUGAUACCGACAUGCAUGGAGUUUAUUUUCAAGGGAACACCAUCCACCUGCGAGGGACUCACCGUGACUCCCUGGCUCUGUUCCCCCACAUGUCCACCACGGCGUUCAUGCAGCCAGACCAUGCAGGCAUUUUCAAGGUGUUCUGUUCCACCUUGCACCACUUCGCGAGGGGCAUGGGUCAGAUCUAUGAAGUCAACAGCUGUGGCAACAAGGACCCUUCUGAACAGCCGUACGGGAUGAUAAGAACCUUUUACAUCGCCGCUGAAGAGGUAGAAUGGGAUUAUGCCCCUAACAAAAACUGGGAGUUCGAAAAGCAGCACUUGGACGCAGGAGGGGAAAGACAUGGAGACAUAUUCAUGAACCAUACUGAAAACUGGAUUGGCUCUCAGUACAAGAAGGUGGUUUACAGGGAGUACACGAAUGGAGAAUUUGUGGAGAUCAAAGCCCGACCGCCGCGAGAGCAGCACUUAGAACUGCUGGGCCCAAUGAUUCACGCUGAGGUGGGCGACUCCAUCCUGAUCAUAUUUAAGAACAAAGCCAGCCGGCCCUACUCCAUCUCAGCCCAGGGUGUGGAGGACAUGGAUAGUGGAAAGCGACUCCAAGUGCCUGUCACGCAGCCAGGAGAAAUAAAAACUUACAGAUGGAAUGUCCCUAAAAGAUCUGGCCCUGGGCCCUCUGAUCCCAAUUGUAUUCCAUGGGUUUACUAUUCAACAGUAAACUUUGUGAAGGAUACAUACAGUGGUUUGAUGGGUCCUCUGAUUACAUGCCGAGAAGGAAUAUUGAAUGAAAAGGGAAGAAGAAGUGAUGUCGAUUAUGAGUUUGCACUCUUGUUUUUGGUGGUAAAUGAGAAUGAAUCCUGGUAUCUGGAUGACAAUAUUAAGAAGUAUCUCAACAAAGAUCCACGAGAUUUUAAGCGCAGUGAUGAUUUUGAGGAGAGCAACAAAAUGCAUGCCAUCAAUGGGAAGAUUUUUGGGAAUCUCCAUGGCCUCAUAAUGAAUGAAGAUACAAUGACAAACUGGUACUUGUUAGGCAUAGGAAGUGAAGUGGACAUUCAUACCAUCCAUUAUCAUGCCGAGAGCUUUCUCUUCAAGAUAGAAAACUCUUACCGAGAAGACGUGUAUGAUCUCUUUCCUGGGACCUUCCAAACCAUCGAACUGUUUGCAGAUCACCCGGGGACAUGGCUGCUGCAUUGUCAUGUGUCUGAUCACAUCCAUGCUGGCAUGGAGACAACCUACACGGUUCUCCGAAACAUAGAUAACAGGAUUCCUUACUCCACCAAGUCUCCGUCUGGAGGAGCACCGUAUCCGGCGACAGUGUCCCCCAACGAACCACCUGGCAAGGGGAUGCUGUAUUUCUUCGGCAGGAAUCUGGGUCCAAGAGGAGCCAAGGCAGCCUUGGUUAUCCUUUUCAUCAUAGGACUCCUCCUCCUGACGGCCACUGUGAUUCUUUCUCUUCGACUCCGCUCCGUGAGGAGGCAGAUGGCAUACCAGGAAGUCCAGUCCUGUGCGCUCCCCACGGAUGCUCUGUGA